AAGAUGACUUUCACUGACACUGAGAAGGCUGCAAUUGUGUCCAUCUUGGGCAAAGUCUCCGGAAAUGUGAGCGCUCUCGGUGCUGAAGCUUUGGAAAGGCUGUUCCUGGGCUUCCCUCAGACCAAGACUUACUUCAGCCACUUUGACCUGAGCCAUGGAUCUACUGAUCUCCAGACACAUGGAGGCAAGGUCUUGGGUGCUCUUGCAGAGGCUGGCAAACAUCUGGACAACUUGGAGGGAUCCUUGUCCAAACUGAGCGACCUGCAUGCCUAUAACCUGAGAGUGGACCCCGGAAACUUCAAACUGCUGUCUCACUCCAUCCUGGUCGUCCUGGCAUCUCACUUCUCCGCUGACUUUGACGCCACCACCCAUGCUGCUUUUGACAAGUUCCUUGCAGUAGUGUCUCAUGUUCUCACCUCCAAAUACAGAUAA